ACUCACACCAACUCAUUUGGGGAUACUGUGCGAACAGUGAAGAAGCUCGUCUCUCUCUCUCUCUUUUAUCUGAUCUAUAGAUUCUUUGGAGUUGAUCCAUGGCGGAAAAGCAUUUCAAAUACGUGGUUUUAGGUGGUGGUGUCGCAGCUGGAUAUGCUGCAAGGGAGUUCGCUAAACAGGGUGUUAAGCCUGGCGAGCUGGCAAUUAUUUCCAAAGAGGCGGUGGCUCCUUAUGAACGUCCAGCACUCAGUAAGGCAUACCUUUUUCCUGAGGGAGCGGCAAGACUCCCAGGGUUUCAUGUCUGUGUUGGGAGUGGUGGCGAGAGACUUCCUCCUGAAUGGUAUGCUGAGAAAGGCAUAGAGUUGAUUCUUAACACUGAAAUAGUGAAAGCGGAUCUUGCUUCCAAGACUCUCACAAGUGCAUCUGGAGCAAGCUUUAAAUAUGAUAUUUUGAUCAUUGCAACUGGUUCAACAGUCAUAAGGUUAAGUGACUUUGGUGUUCAAGGAGCUGAUUCGAAGAACAUCUUCUAUUUGAGAGAAAUUGAUGAUGCCGACAAGCUUGUAGAGGCCAUCAAGGCAAAGAAGAAUGGAAAAGCCGUAAUUGUUGGAGGAGGGUACAUUGGUCUUGAGCUUAGUGCUGUGAUGAAAAUCAAUAAUUUUGAUGUCACAAUGGUCUACCCUGAACCAUGGUGCAUGCCACGGCUUUUCACUGCUGGUAUAGCUGCUUUUUAUGAGGGCUACUAUGCCAAGAAGGGAGUCAAGAUUAUCAAGGGAACAGUUGCAGUUGGCUUUGAUUCUGAUGCAAAUGGAGAGGUAAAGGCAGUAAAACUGAAGGAUGGAAGAGUACUGGACGCUGACAUUGUUGUUGUUGGUGUUGGUGGAAGACCACUUACAAAACUAUUUAAGGGCCAGGUUGAGGAAGAGAAAGGUGGAAUUAAGACCGAUGGAUUUUUCAGAACAAAUGUUCCCGAUGUGUAUGCUGUAGGUGACGUUGCUACCUUCCCUAUGAAGUUGUACAAUGAGAUGCGGAGAGUAGAGCAUGUUGAUCACGCCAGGAAAUCAGCAGAGCAGGCUGUGAAGGCUAUCAAAGCUAGUGAGGAAGGAAAGACCAUCGAUGAGUAUGACUACCUUCCAUAUUUCUAUUCUCGCUCCUUUGAUCUUUCAUGGCAGUUCUAUGGAGACAAUGUUGGAGAUACAGUGCUAUUUGGAGAUAGUGAUCCAGCAUCACCCAAACCGAAGUUUGGAUCAUAUUGGAUCAAGGACGGCAAGAUAGUGGGGGCAUUCCUGGAGAGUGGGACACCUGAUGAAAACAAGGCCAUUGCUAAAGUCGCAAGGAUUCAGACUCCAGUUGAGAGUCUGGAUCAACUGACAAAAGAAGGUCUCACAUUUGCAUGUAAAAUUUGAGAAUCCUCGAAUCUAGAGUGCAUGCAAUAUGCUUUAUCAUCUACUCUUGGUAUUUCUGUUCUACUGCGGAUUGAUUGUACUGAUAUAUGGAUAGAGUUUGGUUUGCAGAAUUAUCUUCUGAUAUGAAAAACCUUUAGUUUGUUCCUCAGUGGCUUCGUUAAGCACUGAUGCAAAGAAUUUGGGAUGAGAUGGAUUAUCAAUUUUUUGUUGUGUGUA